AUGCCCAACAUCGUCCUCUUCAGCGGGAGCUCUCACCACGACCUGUCCCAGAAAGUGGCGGAUCGUCUGGGACUGGAUCUGGGCAAAGUGAUAACCAAGAAGUUCAGCAACCAGGAGACAUGCGUGGAGAUUGGGGAAAGUGUGCGCGGCGAGGACGUGUACAUCGUGCAGAGCGGGUGCGGCGAGAUUAACGACAACCUCAUGGAGCUGUUAAUUAUGAUCAAUGCCUGCAAAAUUGCCUCGUCGUCGCGCGUCACUGCCGUCAUCCCCUGCUUCCCUUAUGCCCGCCAGGACAAGAAGGACAAGGUGAAUGAAAAUUUGAAUAAACACAUCCGAGCGCCAAUAUCGGCCAAGUUGGUGGCAAACAUGUUGUCUGUUGCUGGUGCCGACCACAUCAUCACCAUGGAUCUUCAUGCGUCACAAAUCCAGGGAUUUUUUGACAUCGCAGUGGACAAUCUAUACGCAGAGCCGGCCGUCCUGCAGUGGAUAAGGGAAAAUAUCCCGGAGUGGAAAAACUGCAUCAUUGUGUCUCCUGAUGCAGGUGGCGCAAAACGCGUAACUUCCAUCGCGGACCGGCUGAACGUUGACUUCGCCCUCAUCCAUAAAGAGAGAAAGAAGGCCAAUGAAGUGGACCGCAUGGUACUGGUGGGAGACGUCAAAGAUCGUGUGGCAAUCUUGGUGGAUGACAUGGCUGACACUUGCGGUACCAUCUGCCACGCUGCCGACAAGUUGAUUGAUGCCGGUGCUGUGAAAGUCUAUGCCAUCCUCACUCAUGGCAUUUUCUCUGGCCCAGCCAUUUCACGUAUUAACAAUGCGCCAUUUGAGGCAGUAGUGGUAACCAACACAAUCCCACAGGAAGAGAAGAUGAAGGCGUGCCCCAAAAUACAGGUUAUUGACAUUUCCAUGAUUCUGGCGGAAGCGAUUAGGAGAACCCACAAUGGUGAAUCUGUGUCCUACCUCUUCAGCCACGUCCCCUUGUAA